AUGAGCGAAAAGCACCCAGAUCCCGCUUCGAAGCCUAAGAAAGCGCCCUCGAUACCCAGGCCUAGUGCGAGCGUCCUCCUUCUCUCUCCCCAAAACGAGGUCCUUCUCCUCCACCGCGUCCAAACUUCCUCGUCCUUCCCCUCGGCGCACGUCUUCCCCGGCGGCAACGUCUCAGCCUUCCACGACGGCGCCGCGCCCGAGCCCUCAGAUCCCGCGCGGCAUCAAGACAGUGAAACAUACCGGCUCGCCGCGAUCCGCGAGACCUUCGAAGAGAGCGGAAUACUGCUCGCGCGGGAUGACUCCGGAAAGCUGCUCGAAGUAGGCUCGGCCGAGCGUGAAGAGGCACGGCGACGAAUCCACAACGGCAAAGUAAAGUUCACAGACUGGCUGGUGGAGAAAAGGGCGAGGUCGGAUACCGAAAACCUCAUCCCCUUCACCCGCUGGGUAACCCCCACCAACGUCCCCAGGCGCUUCACAACGCAAAUGUACAUCUACCUGCUCCCUUUGCCCGCCUCCACCGAGCCCUCCGCCGCCGCCGCAACCCUCUCCUCUUUCCCCUCCACCUCCGAGACCGUGAUACCGACCCCCACGCACGACGGCGGCGUCGAGCACACCGCCGCGCGCUUCCUGCCUCCCGCGGACUGGCUGUCCAUGGCGCGGAAGGGGGACAUAAUCCUGUUCCCGCCGCAGUUCUUCCUCUUAUGGCUCGUCGAGUCCUGUUUCCGCGGGACAUCAACACCGCAGGAAGCGAGGAAGGCGCUCGAGGAGUUUGUGGGGCAGGAGCGCGAGACGAGCUGGGCGGAUAUGUGUAUUUCGCCGACGCUGCUAAUGAAGCGGAAGGGGGAUGGGAGGGCGGUCUUGGGGCUUGAUAAGCCGGGGCCGGAGCUCGAGGGGAUGGCGAGACGGGGGGAUAGGGAGAGGGUUGUGCUGGUUAGGUUUGGGAAGGAGGGGCCGAGGGAGGUGGAGGUGGCGUGGAGGAGGGAUGUGAUGGAGGAGGAGAGGGAGGGGACGGAGGGGAAAGGGAAGGAGAAGGAGAAGUUAUGA